GGCCCCGCACCAACGCGAAGCGGCGCCUACCCCGCUCGCUUCCGUCCCCGACUCCCCUCCCAUCCCGUCCUCUAUUCGCCCCGCCGCACCACCCCACCCCACCCCCACAUCGCCCGCCUCCCGGAAUCCUCUCGCCUCCCGCCGCCGCCGCCCCGGCCGGAGGCCACGCGGCCCCACGAACCCGAGGCCAGAUCCAAACCCCAGCCCCAGGUCGGAACCGAGCCGCAGUUUUUCUAGGUUUUGGUACGGAUCUAGGGUUGGGCGGGGGGCGAUUCGCUCGGGUUCCUUCGCGGCUCGGAUUCCGCGCUCAUGGCCGCCGGGCGCCACGGAGGCUACAGGGACUACGAGGCCAGAGAGCGGGAGCCCGACGCCGAGGCUGCCAGGAGGAGCCAGAGCCUCGGCGACCGCCACCGGAGCGACGCCGACCGCCGCCGCGACGGUGGCCGCAGCGGCGGUGGCAGGGAAUUCUCCAACGGAUACGGCCACCGCCGCUCGCACCCGCCCAAGAGCCGCCUCUCCACGAGGCUUGGGGACCGGGAACCCGGCGAGGUGCUCAGUGGGAGCGCGUCAGAUGACUCUGGUGGGAGGUCAGGCAGAGCGACGGGGGAGAAUAUCAUGUCCAGUUCUAGCAGGGAGGGUGAGGUGGCGGUGGGGGCGCCUGCUGCCCCGUCGCCCAGUAAAAAGAGGAAAUUUUCGCCCAUAAUUUGGGACAGGGAUAGCCCAAAGCCGCCGCAGUUACAUCCUGGUGCAGUGGCUGUGAAGGGAGUGGUGGAAUCCUCAUCUGCUGAUGCAGCAAGUGACCAGAAAGUGGUGCAAGCCGCUUCUGCCGAACUCCCUCCCCCUCCCCCUCUGCCUCCACAGGGGCACAUCCCAGAGAGGUUGGUCGUGGAGAAUUCACCAAUGGAUGUAGACCUUGCCGUUGAUACCGAGGACACUGAGCAGUUGCACGAGCCAGAGGAUAGCAAGGUGCUUGAGGUAGAGGAGAGUAAAGUAAAGGAGGAAGAGGAGAUCAAAGUAAAGGAGGAAGAGGAGUACCCAACAAUGAGGAACAUAUCAACUUCAAGGUGGGCAGGUGCUAAUGAUGACGACGAGGAGGGUGUAACACUGAGGAAGAAGAAAGGCAUAUCUCCUGCGGAUUCCGCUGAGCUAGGGCAGGGUAAGAAGACUCCUAGUCCAGAACUUGGGGAGGUUGUGACCAGUGAUAUGUCUGGACGGAGGACCAUAUCAAGGUCAUCUGAUUCAGGGAGAAUGGGUAACGACGACAAGGAAGAUUUGGAAUUAGGUAAAGGUGACUACAUGGAUGUUGAUCGAGGGGAGGCUAGCGUUAAUGGUUCAGCUAAUCGUCCAUCUUCUGAUUCGGAGGAUGAAGUGCGGAGGUCUGAAACCCCUGAGCCAGUGAAGCCGGCCCAUCGAUGUAUCAAUAUGCUGCAAGGUUGCAGAAGUGUUGAUGUGUUUGAGAGGCUCAACAAGAUUAAUGAAGGCACCUAUGGUGUUGUGUAUCGAGCAAAGGAUAAGAAGACUGCUGAGAUUGUUGCAUUGAAGAAGGUCAAGAUGGAAAAGGAGAGAGAAGGUUUCCCGUUGACCUCUCUUAGGGAAAUCAACAUCCUUUUAUCUUUCCAUCACCCUUCAAUUGUUGAUGUUAAGGAAGUAGUAGUUGGCAGUAGUCUUGAUAGUAUUUUUAUGGUGAUGGAGUACAUGGAGCAUGAUCUUAAGGGUGUCAUGGAGAAAAUGAAGCAGCCUUAUACCCAAAGUGAGGUCAAAUGCUUAAUGCUUCAGCUAUUAGAGGGUGUAAAAUAUCUUCAUGACAAUUGGGUACUUCAUAGAGAUUUGAAGACUUCAAAUCUAUUGCUGAAUAACCGCGGUGAGUUGAAAAUAUGUGAUUUUGGACUGUCUCGUCAAUAUGGGAGCCCGCUAAAACCUUAUACUCAAUUGGUUGUGACUUUGUGGUACAGGUCACCUGAACUAUUGCUAGGAACAAAGGAAUACUCUACUGCUAUUGACAUGUGGUCCGUGGGCUGCAUUAUGGCAGAGCUUCUUGCCAAAGAACCGCUGUUCAAUGGAAAAACAGAGUUUGAACAGCUAGACAAGAUAUUUAGAACACUUGGCACACCUAAUGAGAAGAUAUGGCCUGGUUAUGCCAAGUUACCUGGUGUCAAAGUCAACUUUGUUAAACAACCGUACAACAGAUUAAGGGAUAAGUUCCCAGCUGCGUCUUUUUCUGGGCGUCCAAACCUAUCUGAAGCUGGUUUUGAUCUGUUGAAUAAGCUCUUAACUUAUGAUCCCGCAAAGCGUAUAUCAGCUGAGGUUGCAUUGGAGCAUCCAUGGUUCUGUGAAGUACCUCUACCUAAGUCAAAGGACUUCAUGCCGACAUUUCCAGCUCUAAACGAACUGGACAGGCGUACCAGACGGUAUAUGAAGAGUCCUGAUCCUCUAGAGGAGCAGCGGUUGAAAGAACUGCAAGCAAAAGGCAACCGUGGCCUUUUUGGCUGAGCUCAAACCGCUUGCUUGGGUUUUUGUUCGUACUGACUGCUAUGCUUCAACCUGAAUCAGUGAGGUCAGAUGGCUUCUGAGGUGAGAUGUGCCAUGGACAUGAAGUAUCAGAUCUUCUUGGUGUCUACAAGCAACUGACAGCGUUCUUUAGCAGGCUUUGUGCUUAGUGACUUGUGGCCCAUCAUAGAAUUCUUUUCACAGGAUUAGCACUCCUCCCAGAUUGAUCAUGAAAGCAAAUCUAACCUGCCUCCAUCGUAAGGUUUGGCCUGUUGGCUUUAUUGGCUACACACUUACACUUGUUUCACCUUUGGAACCUCUGUAUGUAAAAUAUUCCAGAUUGGUACGUUGUAAACAAUGCUCAGUGUGUUGGAUUUACAAUAAGAUUAUAAGAAUCUAUCAUUUUUUCUCUGCUCC